CUCAACAGCUUAUUGUUUUACAAGGACUGUACGAAAUGAAUGGUCAAAUAUUAGUUUUACCCAUCAUAGGAAAUGGAAAAUGUAACAUUAGUUUAGAAAACUUCAAGCUUACUGGUAUAUUGCAAAUGACACAAACAUUAAAAAACGGUAGUAUUUUCUUAGGAGUACAAGAUUUAUCUUGGAAAUUUACUACCUCAAGAAUACAUAUUCAGUUUGAUAAUUUAUUCAAUGGAAACAAAGCUCUUGGUAAUCAUAUGAAUAUUUUUCUUAACGAAAAUUGGCAAGAGUUAUUUGACGAAAUGCAAUCAGCAUUUGAACAAGCAUUAAGCUCAGCUUUUAUAGGAAUUAUCCAAAAGUUUUUUAAUCAAGUUCCAUUAAAGCAAAUUUUUAAUGAUUAAAUAUUUAAGUUUC